AUGAUGGGGCAUCUGACGCAGUUUUCCCAGCAAUCAGCCCUACAUCAACUAAAUGGGCAGUACGGUUCCAUGCGAUUUGCUUGCGCUCGGACACAUUUUCAGGGAGGCAGCCCCUGUUGGGGCAGUGGCAACAGAAUUCAGCACAACGUUGUGUUAUCUCAAAUCGUUGCAUGGCACAGUUCGCUGGGAAGUGAUGACCUCCCUGGCACCUCUUGGGCAAUAUGGGAACUGUUUGCCUCCUCAGUCGUUUCCUCCCAAGGACAUCUUGCUCCAAUUCACAGCCAUACCCCUCCAGAUCAGUGCACCAUUGCUCCCAAUGUUGCGACAUUCAGUUUGGGCAUGCUCAUGGAUCACUUGAGUCCUGCCAUUUUGUUAAAUCAGGAACUGCACUGUGCACACAAGUUUCAUUCUUCCCCAAUGCUCACAUUGUUUGUGCCUGGCUGCCCAGAGAAAAAUUUGUGA